CACUUGUUUCAUUACUGAAAAUUAAUGGGGUGCUACUCAAUGGAGGUUGGGAUUCAAUUGAAUCACCAUUUUCCCAGAAUUAAUCAAAAAAGGAUUAUACAAAGACGACCUUAUAAUUCAUUUUUGAAAAUGAAGCAACGACAUCAUUGUAAAUAUGUCACCCGACCUCAUCAUAUCGUUUCGUGUUCUACAUUAGACGAAGCACAGAUUCAGCAGCAGGAGGAAGAGAUUUCAUUCAGUGAUGCCGAGAAAUCGCUUAUAAGUAGUCUUAUUGGUAUUCAAGGACGCGGUCGUUCUGCUUCUCCUCAGCAACUCAAAGACGUUGAACAAGCCGUGAAAGUUCUAGAAGCUACUCAAGGCAUUCCUGAUCCGACCAGCUCGAGUCUGAUUGAGGGCAGAUGGCAAUUGGUCUUCACAACAAGACCUGGAACUGCCUCCCCGAUCCAGAGAACAUUUGUUGGGGUCGAUUUGUUCAGUGUAUUUCAAGAAAUUUAUCUUCAGACAAAUGAUCCCCGAGUUUCAAAUAUUGUCAAAUUCUCGGAUGCAAUAGGUGAGCUUAAAGUUGAGGCUGCAGCUACAAUCAAAGACGAGAAAAGAAUUCUUUUCCGUUUUGAUAAAGCUGCAUUUUCACUCAAGUUUCUCCCUUUCAAAGUACCAUACCCCGUGCCUUUUAGACUCCUUGGUGAUGAAGCUAAGGGUUGGUUAGAUACGACAUAUUUGUCGAAAUCAGGGAACCUUCGUAUCUCAAGAGGAAAUAAGGGGACGACAUUUGUACUUCAGAAACAAACAGACCCACGACAAAAAUUUCUUUCUGCAGUUUCCUCUGGUAGAUCAGUGAUUCAGGCAAUUGAUGAGUUUGUUUCGCUAAAUCAAAAGGGAGAACAAAAUCUUGUUGAAGGCGAAUGGCAAAUGAUUUGGAGUUCACAGAUGGAAACAGAUAGUUGGAUAGAAAAUGCAGCCAACGGUCUUAUGGGCUCACAGAUUGUCAAAGAGAAUGGGAGACUUAAGUUUCUGGUUGACAUAGUUUUUGGGUUCAAGUUCUCCAUGAAUGGAAAUUUUGAGAAAUCCAGCACCAACGUGUAUGAUGUGACGAUGGAUGAUGGUGCAAUCGUGAUUGGUCCAUACGGGCUUCCAGUCGAGCUAGUAACCAAAUUCAAAUUGGAAGUGUUAUACUCCGAUGACAAGAUCAGGAUCACUCGAGGGUAUAGCAAUAUUCUUUUUGUUCACCUUCGUGUUGACAGUUGAUCAAAAUUGUACUUGAAUUUCUGUUACAGUUGAAGAACAUUAAAGAUUUGUUGAUGAUCAUACAAUUGGUGAUAAUUAUAUGUUACAUAGUUCUUUUUGGUCUGUUAUAGAAACGAAUUCAAAACUGUAAUUAAGGUUGUUUUCCAAUAUAUUCUGUGCAGUUUUUUGUUGUGUA